UUUAGAAUUGUAGUAAUAUAAUAUUGACAACUGUUUACUAACUUCCCAAUUAAAUUCCCCAAAAUUGUCUAUAUAAGUAAGUAUAUGGCUCUGCAAACACAUAUAUUCGCAUAAUCUUAAGACACCCUUAUAUAUCUAUCUAUCUUUCUAUAUAGGACCUAAUCCAUAUUGAUCAUAAGUAUAUAUAUAUAUUUAUAUAUAUAUAUAAUCAUAUCUCAGUUGGGUUGUAAGUGCGUGAUUUAUAAUCAAUAUAGCUGCAAACUCAGAAUGGGAGAUCAACUCUUUGCAGAUCAACAACAACUUGCUGACUUCCAAGAAGCUUUCUGUCUUCUUGACAAAGAUGGAGAUGGGCGCAUAACGAUUGACGAAUUGGCCAUUGCCAUUAGAUCGUUGGACCAACAUCCAACAGAGGAUGAACUGCAAAGCAUGAUUAGUGAAGUAGAUGCCGAUGGUAAUGGAACCAUAGAGUUGGGAGAGUUCUUGAAUCUCAUGGCAAGAAAAAUGAAGGAAACUGAAGUAGAAGAUGAACUCAGAGAAGCUUUUAAAGUCUUUGAUAAAGAUCAAGAUGGCUACAUUUCACCUACCGAGUUAAAACAUGUUAUGAUAAAUCUUGGGGAGAGAAUGAAAGAUGAAGAAUUAGAUCAGAUGAUCAGAGAUGCUGAUUUGGACGGUGAUGGUCUGAUCAAUUACGAGGAAUUCGUGAGAAUGAUGUUGGCUGUUUAAUAUAUUAAUUAAUUAAUGCCAGCCUCACUUCUGCAAGCCUUGAUGUCAUCAAUUGAAAGAAAAAACUAAAUAUGAUUUAAUUACUUUUAAUCUUUUGUGUAGUGAUUUAAAUUCACAUACUCACAUGUUUACUGUGUUAUUAUCUUUGUAUUGUCGGCUUAUAGAGAAAUAAUAAUUAUGUACUUUGGAGUUU